AUGAGAAGGAACAAAAACACAUCACUGGACACUGUGGUGACAGAAUUCAUCCUCCUGGGCUUGGCUCACCCCAGGAAUCUAAGACCCCUCCUCUUCCUGGUCUUCUUCCUCAUUUACAUCCUGACUCAGCUAGGGAACCUGCUCAUUCUACUCACUGUGUGGGUCGAUCCCAAGCUGCACACCCGCCCCAUGUACAUUCUUCUGGGCGUGCUCUCAUUCCUGGACAUGUGGCUCUCCUCAGUCAUUGUUCCUCGAAUUUUUUUAAACUUCACUCCUUCCAGUAAGGUUAUCCCAUUUGGAGGCUGUGUGGCUCAACUGUAUUUUUUUCAUUUCCUGGGCAGCACUCAGUGCUUCCUGUACACCUUGAUGGCUUAUGACAGGUACCUGGCAAUAUGUCAGCCCCUGCGCUACCCUGUACUCAUGAAUGGGAGGCUAUGCACAAUCCUAGUGGCUGGUGCAUGGGUGGCUGGCUCCAUCCAUGGGUCUAUUCAAGCCAUUCUGACCUUCCGCUUGCCAUACUGUGGACCCAAUCGAGUGGAUUACUUCUUCUGUGAUAUCCCUGCAGUGUUGAGACUGGCCUGUGCUGACAGAACAGUUAAUGAACUUGUGACCUUUGUGGACAUUGGGAUAGUGGCCACCAGUUGCUUUGUGCUAAUUCUGCUCUCCUAUGCCAACAUAGUUCAUGCCAUCCUGAAGAUAAGUACCGCUGACGGGAGGCACCGAGCCUUCUCCACCUGUGGUUCCCACCUAACUGUGGUCACAGUCUACUAUGUUCCCUGUAUUUUCAUCUACCUUCGGGCAGGUUCUAAGAGUCCCUUGGAUGGUGCAGUCGCUGUGUUUUACACUGUUGUAACUCCAUUACUGAAUCCCCUCAUCUACACCCUGAGGAACCAAGAUGUGAAGUCAGCUCUGAAGAGACUAACAGCAGGGCAAGGGAAUGUGAAUGAGAAUAAGUAG